ACGCCCUAGCUGUCUGCGUUUAGAGAGGCGUUGCCGCAGUGUCUGCGGGCCCUGAUACAUCAGUACCAAAAACCAGGAGUUACCAGACCUCUUGGUGGGGCCCUCCUAACGAAGAAUUCCCCCACGCACUCACGUAAGGUGGUUAGUGGGCGGUGCGCCGCAGCUGCUGGCAUCAUUCAUGCUGGGCCGGUGAGGAGAGCCUCUUUAUUUACAGCGCAUUAUCUGACUGACACCAUGAGCAGCACUGUGAUUCAGCAGCAGGCUGUGCAAAGCCCGGCGGCGCAGCAGAAAGCAGGACGAGGCCCCGUCCCCUGCCAGAACUGCGGGAAGCCUUGCAAAGGGGAGGCCCUGCGAGUCCAAAAUAAACACUUCCAUAUCAAGUGUUUCGUUUGUAAAGUGUGCGGAUGCGAACUGGCCAAUGGAGGCUUCUUCCUGCGACAGGGCGAGUACAUGUGCACGCUGGAUUACCAGCGUCUGUACGGUACUCGCUGCUUCGGCUGCCAGGACUUCAUCGAAGGAGAGGUGGUGUCCGCUCUGGGCAAGACCUACCACCCCCACUGCUUCGUCUGUUCCUCAUGCAAGCAGCCGUUCCCAGCUGGUGACCGAGUGACUUUUAACGGGAAGGAGUGCAUCUGCCAAAAUUGUACCCAGCCUCUUCCUCCGAACAGUCCUGCACCCAUUCAGGCUGUCCACAACUGCUGCGGCUGCGGGAAAGAGUUUCAGAACGAACAGUCCCUCGUAGCCCUGGAGAAACACUGGCACCUCGGCUGCUUCAAGUGCAAAGUGUGUAACAAGGUCCUCAAUGCCGAGUACAUUAGCAAGGACGGGAUUCCCUUUUGCGAAAUGGACUACCAUGCCAUGUUCGGCAUCCAGUGUGAGAGCUGCAAGAAAUAUAUCACUGGGAAAGUCCUGGAGGCCGGGGAGAAGCACUACCACCCAUCAUGUGCCCGCUGUGCCCGUUGUGAGCAGAUGUUUGCGGAAGGAGAAGAGAUGUACCUCCAAGGAUCUUCAAUCUGGCAUCCCCCAUGCAGACAAGCAGCAAAGCAGGAGGAGAAGAAUAAGGUGACUCGGACUUCGUCUGAGAGCAUCACGUCUGUCCCGGCAUCCAGUGCCUCGGGCUCUCCCAACAGAGUCAUUUUUGCCAAGCUCGGAGAAGAGAUGCUAGACUACAAGGACCUGGCAGCCCUUCCAAAGACCAAAGCCAUCUACAACAUAGACCGGCCCGACAUGCUCUCGUACUCGCCCUAUGUCAGCUACGCGUCUGAAGAAAGGCACUAUGGCGAGGGCGAUGGGGAGAAAUCACCGUGUCAACAUAGGCCCUCUAGCCCCAGUUCCAACAGUUCCAUGGGUGGCUACGGACGCUACACACCUUCUCGUUCCCCUCAAAACAACAGCCGACCAGGACCAGAAAUAGAUUGCCCGAGUACAAUCGGGCCCCUCCCGUGUGGCGUCAAGUUCACCUCCAGCUUGGCCAGGGCUUCCCCUUCACAUCUAGCGCACCAUUCCAAGGGGACGGAAGGGUGUAGCGGUGCCACUAACACCGCGCUGUUGGGCGGAGGUAGCGGUGUGUCGUUACACCUGAACCCCACCACGUUGUCCAUGCUGCAGCAGCACAACUUCAUCCCUUACUUCCGAGGAAGUGAAAGUGGUCGGAGUACCCCCAGCCUGUCCGCCUACUCUGAUGGCAAAUCCCCAUCGUCCACCUCGACGUACGUGGCUGCCCCUCGCCAUUUCCAUAUACCAGAGACUGAGGUCAAAGAUAAUAUCUAUAGAAAACCCCCCAUCUACAAACAGCAUGCUUCCAGAACAUCCUGGCAGGAUGGCGAUGAUGGCAAGAGGAGCACUUGGAUGAUCAUGAAGAGUGACAUUGAUGGGCACAUGGGUCCCGAAGACCACGACCCAUCCAAGUCAACCUGCAGUUUGCCAAUGAAAACCUCUCGGCCAAAUUUUCCUCAUUAUAAAUCUGCAUCCUUGCCUGGUUACGGAAGGAACGGCAUCUACAAGGCUUCUGAGAUGGUUGAAGAUGAAGUCGAUCCAGACUCCCAAAGCUGGGGAGGCAUGAGAGAGUACAAGGUGUACCCUUACGAAAUGUUGGCGGUAACACAUCGAGUCAAAGUGAAGCUUCCCCGAGACAUCGAUCGCACCCGACUGGAGAGACAUCUGUCGCCUGAAGACUUCCAGAAGGUGUUCGGAAUGACUCUGGAUCAAUUUGAGCGUCUGGCCCUGUGGAAAAGAAACGACAUGAAGAAGAGGGCUCGUCUUUUUUAGAAAGGAGCCCGCCAGUGGUCAGCGCUUGCCACCCCGCCUGCGCCCCCUCGCGCCAAAAGCUUUAUGUGUGCAAUACGAUGGCGAUGUUGGACUUGCGACCUUCCGGAUGAGCUGCAGGAUUCUUUGCAUGCCCCGUGCUUGUCGCGCCUCCCGCACUCAAACAUCUCUUUGAAGCUUUUUUUCACGCCCGUGUUAGCCUUCCCGUCAUUUCGCCCGAAAAUCCUAAAUUCACGUUAAUCGCUUUGGAAAGUUCCCCAUUUUACAGGUUCAAAAUUAGCUUUUUUUUUCCUUUUUUUUCAAUUAAUUCCCGUGGAAUUAUGACCUUUUUUUUCCUCACAUACUACCAGUUUAUUCUUGUCACAUUACGCUUUCGUCUUCAUCAUAUUCUGACUUUUUUUUCCUCAUAAUACAACUUUUUAAAAUCAUAAUAUCGCAACCAUAUCUUGUGUCUUUUUCUGCAUAAGGCAGAAAAGGUUGUUUUGUUAUGUGAGAGUCUUGAUUUUUUUUUCUGUCUUUUAUUGUGACAACUUUACUCUUGUAAUAUGCCGACUACAUUCUUGUAAAAUGAUGACUUUUUCAUAGUAUCGUGACUUUAUAUCUUGUGUUUUGACGACUUUAUUUUUAUGUUCGAACAUGCAUUUAACGCAUUCUGGUAACACUGGGAUCAAGAAUUCUUGAAAAUAUUCUCGUAAUUCUUGAGUUUUUCUCAUAACAUGACAACUUUUUUCCCUCAUUACGACGACUUCAGUCAUAUGACUUGAACUUUUUCUUGUCAUAUUUCAGCGUUUUCUUGUUUACGAUUACGAUUGCUUCCUCCUAACAUUUUGAAAUUUUUUCUUUCAAUGUUAAAACUUUAUUCUCGUAAAGUUGCAUCUUUUUCAGGUAAUAUUACAAAUUUCAUCUCAUAAUAUCAGGACCUUUCUUGUUGUAUUAUGACUUUAGUUUCCAAAUUGUUUAUGAAAUGGUCGGAUUUCAUUCUCAUGACUUUACAACAUUUCUCAUAUUAUUAUGACUUUAUUCUCAUAACAUUCUGACUUUUUUCUCUUGAUAUUACAAGUUCACUCUUGUAAGUUUGCAGCAUUUUGGCAAUGUUAUGAUUUUAUUAUAACAUUGUGACUUUUCUCCUAGUUUGGUUUCUUUUUUGUGGUUUGCUGCUAAAUUCUCAUCAGAACAUAAGAUGUCGUGCUUUUGUGUGUGUGUGUGUGGGGGGGGGGGGGAUAUGUUUUGCACUCGUCUCUCAAUUGUUUGGAUUCAAACACACUGUACCAUCUUUUCUUUAUGGUUUCGAUCUCACAUUGAAUGACUGCUGGAGCCAUGAAUCCAAAACUAUAACAUAGUAUAUAAAAUCGUUUUAGCUUUAUUUAUUCAUGCCGCUAUGUUUGUUGCUUAAAUGCAUCAUGGAAUACUGCUAAAGUAAAACUCACAACAAUACUGCAAGAUGUACCGUAUGUAAGCAUCUACUACUGACAACAUAGACAUAUACAGUAUAUUCUAUAGGAUUUAUUUCUGUAUACAAGCCAUUGCAUGAUAAUGAUACCUUUCUGUCGAAAAUGAUAUUGAGUGAAAUGAAGGAUCAGCUGCUCGCCAUAACUUAUUUAAUUGUGAUAUGAUGGAAGGGAUUUUUUUUGAAGUUACAUACAUACAUAUCGAUUUUUUUUUUGAGCCUUGUAAGUCAAACACUAACUAACUGUUCCCUGUUUCUAAUAUUCCUCUGCCAUUAAAGUGCUUUAUCCAACAGCA